AUGGACCUUAACGACGUUUUUCAGUCAUUCCGAAGUCUUCAUGGUGUGCAAAGCGAGUUCACCACUUGCAACAUCGAAGAGUUUAUUGUGCAAGGCGAUCUGCUAAGGGAUUUUCCUGAAGUUUCGUUUGCCCAGUUUUCCAGUUUCCUGGAGCUGAACAACGUUGUUUGGUUGACACCAGCUUGCUAUGUGACCUCGGUUAUUGUCCCACACGAAGACUUAUCGCGUGCCGAAGAGUCGGGCGAUAUUUACGAUGAAUACGCCAGAGUGGAUGGCUCUCAAGAUUGGGUGGGACAGAUGCGAGGGAUUGUCGUAAGAUCGAAGCUUUUUCUACACGCACAGACCGCUACGGACAUCCUGUUGUCUUUACUAAUACGGGAUCACUCCGAGUCUUUAUUCUUUCGAGGUGCGGGUGCGUUUGCCACCUUUCCAGCCUCCAAUGGAGUAUUUGAAGCACUUUUGAUGAACACAAAUUGCAAGACAGCCCCGGCUGUGACACUAUCGAACAUGAUGCUGACACCCGAACAAUGUCAAAUAUUGGCUCGCUCCAAGCUUUCCCGCCUACAUGUGUUGGAAAAUGUAGAAUGCGAGGACCGGGGAGACGGCUUUGCGGAACAGCUAGUGGCUUCGCAUAUUGGUGCAGCUGCUCCGAGUGAAAAGGUAUCAAUACCGCACAGCACCCUCUCGCACUUGACGCUCGCGUGUGAAAAACUUUCAGAGGAAACGUUAGAGAUAAUUAUAGAGUCGUUCGGUCGGGCAGUUUCCUUGCGUUAUCUGACUCUUUCGGGAGACUUCCGAUUUUCUAAGCGGAAAAGCAUGGCCAUAGUAGCGCUUUUUUCGGAGACAAAUCUCACAAAUGUCGAUAUUUCCAAUGCACUCCUACCCUCCGAAGCUUUCGGCGUACUUUUUCAGCUCCCCAACCUGCUGGAGCUUGCCGUUUGCUGUCAAGGCCUUCCGCCUUGUUUUACCGAAGGCAUUUUGUUGAACAGAUCAAUUCACGUUCUCGAUUUAUACCGGGAUCCUAGAGCUGUCCAACUACCUCUAACCAACGAAUCAAUGGAUCGAUUCUUUGCUUCCAUUCGACACCAUCCACAGCUCUAUCAACUUACUUUCGACUCUCUCUACGUCGAUGAAAACCGCCCCGACUAUCCUACACGAAGACAUCACACUGAAUCUCUUCAGAGCAUGUUCAAGACAAACCGUACAAUCCGGAAAUUGCGUUUGGCGGCAUCCGAAUGGGAUGAAACAUUACUCUCGACCAUACAGGAGCAAGUGCACGUCAACAAAUACAGACCUCGUUCGCAGGCCCUUUUAAUGGAGGCUGCAGUGGAUCGUCGGGCUUUGCUGGGACAUGCAUUGGUCGCGGUGAAUCACAAACGCUAUGCUUCUGAUCGGACCUUUCUAAUUUUGUCCCAAAAUGUAGACGUUUUUAGUAUUAAACACGGACGUAGACAUAGCAAUCUUGUCGCGAAGCGGAAGCGAUUUCAGUAA